AUGAAUAAACAUCAGGCGGAGGAUGGAUCUAACCUCAACAAGGAUCUGACGGCAUACAACUGUGUGAUUUGUACCCGUCCGGAUUACGACGAGAGCAACAUGGUGUUCUGCGAGGGCUGCAGGGAAUGGCUACACUUCGGUUGCGCCGACGUAGGAGCAGAGGUCAAACACGACGACGAUUGGCGAUGCUUUUCGUACCAGGAUAAGGAUCCGGAAGAUGAUCCGGCAUGUGAUGCGAUUUCCGUUGACGACACCAUUAAUGGAGCUGCGAAGGAAAACGCUGGUAAGUCUCAAACCAUCUCCGACGGCGAAGAGGUUGCUAUAGGCUUAUAGGAGGUUGCAAUAUAGAAGAUGAAGGACGAUAAAGAGCGUCUGAAGAGAAGGAUGGAGCAGAGGCUAAGGUUGGCUAAGGCCCAAAUGGAGCUCGAAAACGAGAAGAUGGAGAUGGAAUGGGCACUAGAGAAGCAGAUUAUGGAAAUGAAGAUCGCUUCCAAACAGGCUUUCCAGAAGAAGAAGGAUUUGGAGAAGAAAAAGCUGAAGGAUCAGCUGAAGAAACUCGAUGACGGAGAAACGCAAACGGAAAAGGAGAUUCAGGAAUUGGAGCGGCGAAAAGAGGAAGCAAAAGGAAAGGGAACGAAAACGAUGAAGAUCCAAUAUACAUCGAAAAGACCAGUGAGUUCCACUCCGAUAGCUAAUCCAGAAGCAAGCACGUCUGCGACUGGAGCGAAGAAGAAGACCGUCGAACGGAAGCAGUUAACGACCACGAUGGUGAAGAAGAAUUCCUGUGCAAGUGUGACCAGAGGACGAAGAGGAGAAACCGAAAGUGACGAAGAGAGUUAA